AAUUCCGCGCACGGUCACCAUCUUACACAUACAUGCACACACACACGUACACAUACUGUGCUCAGCGGCAGCAAGGGGCUUUAAACGGCUUUUGAAAAACGAAAGGGAGACAAAAGGACUGUAACCUGCUACAAUGGAGGACAACAUGGAUGAUUCCCAGAGCCAGAAAGGCUGUAAGGAGUGCUGUGAGCGCUGUGUGGGCAGCCUGCCCUGGGCCUCCCUCAUCGCCACCAUCCUGCUCUACAUGGGCGUGGCCUUGUUCUGCGGCUGCGGCCACGAGGCUCUGAGCGGCACCGUGGGCAUCCUCCAGAACUACUUUGAGCUCAUCAAGAACCCCGGCGAGCUGCUGGACGUCUUCACCAUCAUCGACAUCCUGAAGUACAUCAUCUAUGGCCUGGCAGGGGGGUUCUUCGUGUUCGGGGUGCUGCUGUUGGUGGAGGGAUUCUUCACCACCGGGGCCAUCAGGGACCUGUAUGGGGAGUUCAAGAUCACCGCGUGUGGACGCUGUCUCACCGCCUUCCUGAUGUUCCUGGCCUACCUGUUCUUCCUGGUGUGGAUCGGGGUGACAGCCUUCACCGGCCUGCCUGUCUUCAUGUACUUCAACAUCUGGUCCAUGUGUCAAAACGCAAGCCUGGUGGACGGAGCCAACCUCUGCCUGGACCUGAGACAAUUUGGAGUGGUAUCCAUCUCGGAGGAGAGGAAGGUGUGCACAGGAUCGGAGAAGUUCUUCCGGAUGUGUGAAUCCAACGAGCUGGACCUGACCUUCCAUCUGUUUGUAUGCGCGCUGGCUGGAGCAGGAGCCGCGGCCAUCGCCAUGGUCCACUUCCUCAUGGCGCUGGCGGCUAACUGGGGCUACCUGAAGGACGCCAGCAGGAUGCAGAAGUACGAGGACAUCAAGUCCAAGGAAGAGCAGGAGCUGCACGACAUCCACUCCACACGCUCGAAGGAGCGCCUCAAUGCCUACACAUAAACAGGGGAGGCUCGAUGACGCCUGCACACAUGGGAUGGCAGACAUACAAGCACCAUGACCGACACACACACACACACACACACACACACACACACACACACACACACACACACACACACACACACACACACACACACACACACACACAUGCAUACAGAAGCAGAGCCAAGAUCGGUUCACAAACAUAACACAUAAUGCAGAACACAAAAGUAGACAAAAAUACACAAAGAUAUAUUAAACACACACACAUGCAGACAAACAACCUCACUGCCUACAUAUGUACAAAUUAUCUCUCUUACAAACACACACACACACACACACACACACACACACACACACACAUGCACUUCCACAUACAUAGAUGUGAUUGAAUUAUUGGUGUUGUGUGGUCGUGGGGUGGGCAGUGUUCUGUAGUGGUGUCAUGCUGUGCUGUGUAGUUCCGCCACAUUCCAACCAACAGGUGUUACGAUGAAAAGUUGUUCCCCAGGGAAAAUCUGUAACGUCCACCUUCACACACUUUCUAUUCACGCCUCCUCUCCUAAUCCCCCAUCCCCCACUUCCUCACCACCUCUCCCAAUUUUUGUGCUCUGAACUUUCACAAUCCAUUGAUCCUGUUGACCUUUGGUUGCCCCCCCCCCCCCCCACCCCCUCAACACACACACAGUCAUCCCUUCAUCGCCCCGACCUCUCCUUUGUACAGACAUGAUUGUGAAUCCUCCAAAACAAAGCACAUCUCAGUAGCACAAAAAGUCAGCGUCUGUAUACAUGCAAACCUCUUUUCCACCAUUGACAUGAUCAUUUUGGUUUGGUCAUCUGUGUUUGGCUGUGUGUGUGUGUGUGGGGGGGGGGGGGGGGGGGGGCGUUGGGUGGGUCAGCGUUGUGGGGUGGUGGUUGCGGUGUGGCUUUGCAGACAAAAAGGGAGUGAGAGUUGUAACUCUUUUUUUCACAUUUUUGUGUACGGAUUUUUUAUAGUUUUGUACAUGCACACAUGUGCACACAAACACACACACACACACACACACACACACCAAGACAAACACGCAGAUACAACAUUAAAACAAACAUAGCUAUGCACAUAUUUAUUCAACUUCAUAAGACCUAAUGUGGCCCAAUUCAUUCACGUUAUUUUCAAUUACAUUGUAUUACCUUUUGCAUCUACAACUCCACCCUAAAGAUCACUCUCAUUAGCCUGAUGAAAUAAAAAAUGGAUUCACAAAUAAGGUGGUCAGAACAAAUAAGCUAGUUUCACACCUGAAAUUUAGGCAUAGAGACCCAUUGAGAUAAAGAUUAGCAAACAUUGCUAGUACAAUUUAACGUAUGGACCAACAUAAAUGAAUUGGUCAUUAAUUAGUCAACUGAUUUGGUGAUACAAUACUUCUAAAACCCCUCCCUAUCUCGAUCAAUAUACAACCACUUGGUUGUAUUUGAUGGGCAUAGUGUAGAUGAUCUUUUCAUUCCAUUGGUUUCAUUGGGUUGGAUCAUUGAAGUGAAAUGUACUGCGUAUAUUGUAUGGUGCUUGUUGUCAUGCACUGAUGUUUACUGAAGCGAUUAUUCUCUGUCAGCCAAUAGAGAUAGGACUGCUGGCAGUGAUGACAACAGCACCAACAAUGAUGAUUUUGGUAAUAAUGAAGCAUGGGUCACUGUGGGACACACACAAACAUAGCCACACACAGCCACACACACCCCCCCACACACACACACACACACACACACACACACACACACACACACACACACACACACACACACACACACACACACACACACACACACACACACAGAAAAACAAACGCACAC